CGUAAUCAGACUCUUCAUUUUUAUCAGCAACAAGACUUCGUAGAGAUGGCUGCGCAUAUGUACAGUCUCGUAUACGAUGGAAAGACGAAGAAGGUGUUUCGGGCUAGGAAGGAACACCUACUGGAAGAAGCGAGGAACCUCUUCCAAAUCCCACCCGAAAUGGACGUACGAUUGGAAUUGUGCGGCGAAAGAGGUUCUCAUUUGGUCGAGAGUCCCGAUGAUAUUCCAAACAAAGGAUGCACCUUCCGCAUCGUCGCCACCGAAAAGCCCGACGAUGAGAAAAAAUUGCCAAGGCGUUUCGAGCCAAAGCCGAAGUUGGAGUCGACGAUAAAUCCCGAAUCCUCGAAGGUGCUAGAAGAACUGGAUACGAACCGGAAGCAGGGACCGCGUCCCUCGCCUCGAAUGGGUGUGAAGCCGGUAAGGACGGAAGAAGUGAACGACGAUGACAGCGAUUCCCCCCUUGAAGAGGAACUGGAAUAUAGCCCAAAAGAUCCAGACGUCUUCGAGGGAGCCACCGAAGUGGAAGUCACGAAGGAGGGACUGAGAAUCUAUGAACCGAAGAAGUGGAUGACGGUGAUGGAUAAGGAGGGGAAAUUUGUUUUUUACACCGUAGGACGACGGACUCUCCCCUUUCGCACCUAUGGCAAGGUCAUCCUUCUCGCUGGGGCAACCGGAGCGGGUAAGGCCAAUAUACAGGUAGAGCCCUUCAAGGGCUGCGAUCGGCCCGACCCGACCCGAUCUGUGGGGCGUCUAGGGCUGAAAUUCCAAAGAUCUUUCUUCGGGUCGGGUCGGGUUGGGCCGAAUUCUUGA